GCCUUAAACUGGACGUAGGUAUAAUCUGGCAUUAUAUUCGCAUGUACUUGUCUGUGUGUGUUCAUGUUUUUUAGUUAAUAUGCUGUCACUGUCACUUUCUUGAGGAUUUACCACAACAAUUUUCAAGGCGUCGGUAUACCUGGGGGUGUUGGGGGGUACGCCAUUGCCAGGAAGCGGAUGUUGUUGACGGCUUCCUUUCAACUACUUCCGGUUUUAAUGACAGGCUAACACCGAAAAAGCAGAACACGGCUAGUUUGACCUCCUUUUUCGUGUGAUUUCAUGGACAGGCGGUGUUUUACGAACAAUGGCUUCUGUUAACCAAUGGAAUUAUUUUCAAUCAUCUUAUGGUUUUGUCGUGUCAGUGUGGCUAACAACUCGGUGAGUUAGCAUACCGGUUGGCUAGCUCGCUAAUGAAAUAAUGGCAAGUGUUCGGCUCCUUCUCACUAAAGAUGACGAAACACAUUCGUUAACACUGCGGGAUUACUAACCAUAAUUAUUGGCCAAUAUGGACUGUUUGGUUAUAUAAUUUAAUAAGAGGGCAGUGGCCCUUUUGGAUGUUUACUUAAGUUAAAAGCAUUUGUUUUUUAGUGCGAAAGUUCAGAAAAGUUUUAAAUGUUGCCAAGGGAAGGACACGUAAGUUGACACACCUAUGAAUUUAUUAAUACAUCUGCUAAACUGUAUACAAUUUGGGGGAAAUAUAAAGUGUCAACGUGUCACACAUCCUGAUUUCAGUAGAUCCGGUUUGGAAAAGUAAACAAACAGCCCAACUAACCACUGACACGUGAUACAUGUUGCAUUUAUUGACAGGAGAUUGAGUGCAAGUGGCCUGGAUAUAACUAGGGAAGUAACAAGUGGCCUGUUAUUGACUAUGUAAUCCUUCAUUACUUGCCAUGUGAGCAUGAUUUUAAAGAUGUACUCUUGUUAGAUUUGUGUUGAUGUGAUCAGAUAGUGGGGGCUUAGUAUAGUUUAGGUAUAUACUUUUUUCCGCAUCUGCCACAAUGCCAUCCGCCCUGUUCAUCUUGGUGCUGCUUGCAGCCUUAUGUAGCCUGGGAUGUGCCAUGUCACGGGAGGAGAAACAAAAGUUGAGGACUCAAGUGGUUGAGAUGUUUGACCAUGCAUACCAAAAUUACAUGGACCAUGCAUAUCCAGCCGAUGAGCUGAUGCCUCUAACAUGCAGAGGAAGAGUACGUGGACUGGAACCCAGUCGGGGCGAUGUAGAUGAUGCGCUGGGGAAGUUUUCUUUGACACUCAUAGACACUCUGGAUACUCUUGUGCUUUUGAACAAGACAACAGAGUUUGAGGCAGCGGUCAGGAGAGUCCUGGCAGAUGUGAGGUUGGACAAUGACAUUGUGGUGUCUGUCUUUGAAACCAACAUUCGUGUCCUCGGAGGUCUGUUGGGCGGCCACUCUAUGGCCGUGAUGCUGAAAGAAGAUGGUCAACACAUGCAGUGGUACCGGGAUGAGCUGCUGCACAUGGCUAAAGACCUGGGCCUCCGGCUGCUGCCAGCCUUCAACACCAGCAGUGGCCUUCCUUACCCCAGGGUAAACUUGAAAUACGGCGUCAGAGGUCCUGAGGCAAGGACAGGCACAGAAACGGACACCUGCACAGCGUGCGCAGGGACCAUCAUCCUGGAGUUUGCUGCCUUAAGUCGCUUCACCGGUGAUCCUGUAUUUGAGGCCCAUGCUCGGAGAGCCCUGGACUUUCUUUGGGAGAAGAGGCAGAGGAACAGCAAUCUGGUGGGAACAACCAUCAACAUCCACUCAGGAGAGUGGGUCCGCAGGGAUAGUGGAGUUGGAGCAGGGAUUGACUCGUACUAUGAAUACUUACUGAAGGCCUAUGUUCUCCUGGGAGAUGACCAGUUUCUGCAUCGCUUCAAUAUUCACUAUGCAUCUAUAAUGAAGUACAUUAGCCAGCCUCCCCUGCUGCUAGAUGUCCACAUCCACAAACCUCUGCUUCCAGCUCGGACCUGGAUGGACUCUCUGCUGGCUUUCUUUCCCGGCCUCCAGGUGUUGAAGGGGGACAUCCGUCCAGCCAUUGAGACUCAUGAAAUGUUGUAUCAAGUUACCAAGAAACACAACUUCCUGCCAGAGGCUUUCACUACUGAUUUCAGGGUGCACUGGGCCCAGCAUCCUCUGAGGCCAGAGUUUGCAGAGAGCACCUAUUUUCUUUACAAGGCCACAGGUGACUCAUACUACCUGGAAGCAGGUCGCACCAUCCUGGACAACCUCAACCGCUUUGCUCGUGUUCCCUGCGGCUUUGCUGCAAUGAAGGACGUGCGCACCGGUAGCCAUGAAGACCGUAUGGACUCUUUCUUCCUUGCGGAGAUGUUUAAGUACCUUUUCCUGCUCUUUGCCGAUGGGGAGGACCUACCCUUUGAUGUGGAGGACUACGUCUUUACGACCGAGGCACAUCUUUUGCCUCUGUCUCUCUCCACAGCCCCUCGCUCUUCCUUUUUAGUUCCCUCAAAUACAACGAUACUUGAGUCAGAAGAAGAGUUGGAUGAUUCAAACUUCGACUGGACCUGCCCCAACACGCGCCUCCUGUUCCCUGACCCAGCCUUUCCCCAUAAUCUGAGGGAACCAAUUCGUAGCGUGGUGGACAAGAGCUGUCCACGUCCUGCUCCUUACAGGGAGCCCGGCAUGGGAACCCCUCCCCUGAGAGCACAGGACUUCAUGGCAAACAACCCGGAGCAUCUGGAACUGCUGAGAAGGAUGGGUGUCAGCCUGAUCCACCUGAAAGAUGGCAGGGUGCAGCUGGUGCAGCAUGCUACGCAGGCAGUGAGCCCCAUAGCAGCAGAGGAUGGCAUACGCUUCAUGCAGGAAAUGAUGGAGCUUUCCAGCCAGCAACAGAAAGAGCAGCUGCCACCUCGAGCCAUUCAGAUUGUCUCCCAUCCCUUCUAUGGCAGGGUGGUACUGACCGCCGGCCCGGCACAGUUUGGCACAGAUUUGUCCAAAAGCACAACAGGGGUUCGUGGCUUUGUGACGAUCGCCGAGCCUUACACCGGCUGCAGUGAGAUCACCAAUAGCGAGUACGUACGAGGCCACAUCGCUUUGCUCCAGAGGGGCCAGUGUAUGUUUGCAGAGAAGGCCCGACACAUCCAGAAGGCCGGCGCCAUCGGAGGCAUUGUCAUCGACGACAACGAGGGAAGCAGUAGCGACACAGCCCCUCUCUUCCAGAUGGCCGGCGAUGGCCGCAGCACGGAAGACAUCACCCUGCCCCUCCUCUUCCUCUUUCACAAGGAGGGCAACAUCCUCCAGGAGGCGCUUAAGGAAUACCGGGAGGUGGAGGUCCUGCUGAGUGACAAAGCCCGCGACAGAGCAGCCAUAUUCAAAGGUAAAGCUCUUCCCGGAAGCCUGUUUGAGGGCAGUGCAGACAUCGUCAACGAGGCAGAGGAGGGCUGCCAAACUGAGGCCACGACUCCCACUUCUUUCGGCCAAUCACAGUCGAGCACGGCAGAGUCGGAAGGAUCAGAGGUCAUUUCAUCAAAGGAAGAUCCAGACACAAGUCCAGCAGUGGACAUCAAUCCUACGGUAUCAUCUGAACCGGUAAAAAAGGACUCUGAGAAGAAAGUGGAGCCUGAAAGUGACGCAGACUCCAACAGCCAAUCGGUGGAUGAACUGCUGGCCGAUUGGCGCGAGGACCUGGAGGCGUUCCGGCAGAUGGAGAAAGACGAGCUUUGACAUCACCCGCAGUCCAACAUGAACAUUUAGUGGUUGUGACCAUAAGCUUUUUCUUCCUCUCUUGCUGUGUGCGGGCGGCAUGCAGUGCCAAGGCUGGCCACGCAAAUGCAUUAGCGGACCGUAGUGGAGUCCUGUUAAGCCUGGUUGAUGACAGAUGAGACACCAGGAUUCUUACCUCACUUUGUCAGAUAUUUCUUUUUAACACUUAAUGACUAAUUGUUAUCAAGAAGCAGUUUUUGUGCAACUUCCACCGAUAUCCACCAAGUAAUUAUGGAAAAUGACCCAAAUAUCCCUCAUUGGUAACCAUUCAUUUUCUAUUCCACUCCAAAUUGAUCAUAGGUAUGAAUGUGAGUGGGCAUGGUUGUUUGUCUAUAUGUACCCUGUGAUUGGCUGGCGACCAGUCCACGGUGUACCCCGCCUCAAGCCGGAAAUCAGCUGGGAUAGGCUCCAGCAUACCUAUAUUGAUAACAAAAGUGGAAAGAUCACCACCAAUUUGGCGCAACAUUUUUUGUGCUUAAUCCUCUUAAUUUACAAACAUAACCUCCUUAGUGAAAAUGAUUCCCUCCACUGUCUUCGAUGCAUUUCUGAGUCUUCUUUUAAUGUAAAAGCAGCAUCAUCGUCUACCAAUCUUAUUUAAUUAAAUGUGAUUAUAAAUUGUUGUUUUCAAGGGCGUGGUUGUAAUACAACUUUGGGGCAAACUUUCAACCAGACAUAUACGUCACCUGACAGUGUAAAUAUGUAUUUGUCGAUAUUUAUUGACUGAAAUGAUACAAAAACUGUGCUCAGGUUUCUGGCUAAAUUGUCCCAUACAUGCCGUAUAUGUCCCUCCCAGCAGCAUGCCACGCCUGUGUUGGCCACAGGGGGGUGCUAAAGGAUCUGUCGCUCAAACAAACAGGAGCAGAAUUAACAUGAUGAAUAAAUGAUCACGAUUAAAUGAAUAAAAGUUGAGAAGUGAUUUGUAAA